UAUGAUUAGAACAAAUUCAAGUGUGGAAAUUCAAAAAUAGUAAAUACCAUUGUAAUAGAUAAGCCCAUUUAAUGGUCAAAUACAUUAUAGUAACUCAUUUUUGGAUGCACCAAGCACUCCAUAAAAAUCAAUUAUUAUUUAAUAAAUUAGAGGAUCAUCUACAUUUACACCUAACAAAACUUAAUAAGCAUUUCAUUUUAAAGAGAACUCUAACUCAAUUGAGAAUAAAAUAUAAUUAUUGGUGAAUGAGAAUUGUUAUCUCAAUUAAGAGUUAGAAAAAGCUAGAAAUGAAUUAUUAAAUAAUACUUAAUAGUAUAAAUAAUUACACAUAAUUAAAGAGAGAGUAAGUAAAUUGGAAGAAUUAAUAGAUACACAAUAAAAUGAAAUAGAAACAUGGAAAUUAAAAUAUUAAAAAGCAGCAGCUGGAGAUUCAAAAUUAGAAAUAUAAUAAAUGGAAUAGUAGAUAGUAAAUGUUAUUGAUGAGAAUGAAAGAUUGAAUAAGAUUAUUUCAAAUUUAGAAUAAAAGUAAUAAGAAAAGAAUGAGGAAAUAAAAAGACUGAUGAUAAAUAUUCAAAAAUAAAGGGAUAAAUUAAUAGUAUUUGAAAAAUCUAAUAGACCUGUAGUUUUGUGUAAUUCAUUUGCAAUUGAAAAUAAAAAAGCAUCUAAAUCUUCAAUAAGUGAUGUAAGACAAAACAAAUGUAAAAUAAAUGAUCAAGAUUAAAUUACAAAUAGGAAUAAAAGUAAUAAAAGUGAUCAUACCUACAGAUAAGUCUAAUCUAAAAGUCAAUUAAACAUUACUGAUUUAUAAAACUAAAUCAGAUAACUAUAAAAUGACAAAUAGUAGUUGUAAAUUUUAGUAGAAGAUUUGUAAUAAAAAUUAUAAGAUAAAAUAUGCGAGAUAAAGGAUUAAUAAAAAGAUCCAGACUCAAAUUAAAACAUAUCAAUAUUAAAAUAAGUAAUAAUGAAUGAUUAUCAAAUAGGAAGUUUAUAAUUAGUAAAUAUUGAUCUUAACAGAAUUUAAGAAAUAUAAGUAGUGUUAGUCGCAAAACUAAAUGAUUAAAGAACAAUUAAUUUAAUGGGAAGAACAUUUGAAAUCUUUAAAUAGUAAAAUAAAUACAGAAAAUGAUUAAUAAGAUUAUAUAGAUGAUGCUUUUGAGGAAUUUUAAAUUAGCUCAGCUAAUUGCUUAAAAUUAAUUGAUUAAUUUGAGAAAUGA